GUAAAUGUGAUAAGAUAACGCUAAUCGUAAAAAAUCGAAUAAUGUAGCAAAAAUCAUGAUUUUUUAUUAAUUAGCUGUAUAUUUAAGUAAUUUAUUAAGUAAUAUUUAUUAUAAUAUAACGUUUGCAAUGACCGAAGACGAAAUAGAUUGGGUACCGUUGAAAAUCUCAGCCAUUGAGUACCCCAAAGGCGAUUUCAUUGGUAAAUUUUUAGCGUUGAUUAGUCUAUCGCACAUUGGCAUAUUUGCUGGCUUCGUUACCUUGAUAACUUUCAGAAGGGAUUUGCAUACUAUAACAUUAUUUAUCGGAGUAUUACUUAAUGAACUAAUAUGUAUGACAUUGAAGUACAUAAUAGCCGAACCUAGGCCAUACAUUCGUAACAAUGAUCAAUUGUAUAGCGAAUAUGGGAUGCCUUCUUCCCAUGCUACAAUGAUGUUCUAUCUAUCAACGUAUAUGUUUUAUUUCAUGUUCAUUAGAACGAACUACGUGAAAGUAGAUUUUAUCACACAUUUAUGGAAAAUAUUAAUAACAACGAUGUUUUUCGUAUGGGCCAUUAUGAUGGCAAUUAGCAGAGUGUACUUGAAGUACCAUUCAAUUGAACAAGUCGUAUGCGGUGCCAUAGUAGGAAUAAUAUUUGGAACAGUUUGGUUUGUUGUCACCCAGUUUUUCCUUACUCCUUUGUAUCCUGCUAUUGUAUCAUGGAGGAUUUCAGAAUUCCUGCUGAUUCGAGAUACGACUCUAAUUCCGAAUAUAUUAUGGUUCGAGUACACCAGUGCUAGAUUAGAAGAUAGAACCAGACGGUAUAAAUGUGGUUCGAGAAAAUCUCAAUAAUAAUUUGUUGCAUUUUUUUCAUCUACUUAUUUAGUUAUUUUGAUUCUGUUCUUAUUGUAAUUUUUUUUGUGUUUUUUUCACUGCUAUCGUGUAGAUUUUAUUUGUAAUGUUUUAAUUUGAAAAAAAAAUAAUAACAAUUUUAAAUUAUU